AAAUCGAAAAUCAAUGUAACAGAAGACAGUAAUACGCUCGUCAGUUGAAGUUAGUUGGAAACGAUUGUUUACAUGUCGUUGUUAAGUGAAAUAUGUCAGCUCUCGUCGAUCUUAAACCUUUAACAAUAAGAUCGACCGUAUUGCAUUAGUAUUUGUUUGACAAAUAUUGUGUACAUAAUAUUAAAUAUGAAUGCAAAUAAACUUUUGGAAUAUGAAUGAAUUCAAUAAAUUAAAUGGUUUAUAUGAAAGUUUAACAACUUGUGAUUUAUGUGUAUCGUACUGAAACGGAUUGAAACAAGAUGUGUAGGUGGGGCUGUACUACAACUAAUACGACAUACAUGUGUAAAUGGUGUGGGACACGAUAUUGUCGGGAGUGUUUGCACGGAGACUUUGUCGGAUUAAUGACCGAAGCAACACAGUGUCGGAUCUGCAAUCAGAAAAAGUGUCAAGGAAACCGAGUAGAGUAUGUUCCUCGACCAAAGGAUGAGGUGGAUCCAAAGGCUGCUAAGACACGCGGAUCGUCGUCAUCUAGAACGCGCAGUGCAAAGUCAUCCGCUAAAUCUAGCAGAUCAAAGAGUGCAAAAAGUUCACGAGCAAAAUCUGGAAAGAAGUCCGGCAAAAAGAAGAAAAAGUAAAAUUCUCAUCAAUGGUUCCAAAUUAAACAGAUACAAGAUUACGACAGUUUCAUAUAGAAACUGCUAGUGCUUUCUAUUUAGAUGUAGAAGUAGAUAAACACUGUCGGCUAUUCGAAGCAUGUGUGAUAAAGGAAUCGAAACACUUUGGGUCAUGCCAGAGGAACGGAAGAUUAAAUUCGACACGAGCGGCGUUUAAGUUUAGGAUAUGGAAGUUAAUUACAGUGAAUAAUAAGAGGGGGAAAUUAAUAUAUGAAAAAUGUGUUCACUUAAAGAUAGCUGUGAUAUAUACAUACGUACCUUUUCGUUUUAAAGUGCCGGUAUUUAUGUUAAAAAACAAACAAACUGUAUUUGUUGUUUCUGUUGUAGGUAAUGCAUUUUAGACGGAUGUUUAGCACACCUUAGCACAAAAUGCUCUAUGUAUGCUUUUGUGAUCCACCGUCGUCCGUCGCCGUCGUCAGCGAUUUGACAAUUAACACUCUAGAGUUAUUGUCAGAAUGUUACCCUCAAUACAGUUCCGGGUGAGGUCAUUGUUGCGUUAUCUGGGGUCAAAACUAGGUCAUUAGUUCAAGUCAUAGAAAAUCCUUGAUAACACUGUAGAGACCACAUUUUCUACCUGAUGUUUAUAAGACUUUGUCAGAAUGUUUUUCUCUUUGAAUACGAGUUCAAGCUUGAAACGAAUGUCAAAAUCUUGGUUACUAGGUCAUAUUAAUAGAAAAACCAUAGGAACACAGUAGAGGCCGGAUUUCCUUCUCGAUCUUUAUAAAACUUUGUCAGAAGGUGUGCCUCUGUGAAAUCUAUGCCGUCUGACUUUAACCUGGUCAAAAUCUAGGUUAAUAGGUCAAUUAAUAGAAAAGCCUUGGUAACACAAUAAAUGCCACAUUUUCUGUCUGACAUUUAUAAAACUUUGUCAGAAUAGGUAUCUAUGUGAAAUCUACAUCAGGUAUGAUGAAAGUGGGUCAUCUAAGGUCAAAAGUUAGGUCACAAGGUUUUAUGAUAGAAAAAACUGUAGAUAACACUCUAGGUGCUAGACUUUCUAUCCGAUAUUUAUAAAACUGCAUCAGGAUGUGUGUCUACAAAUUCGUGUCCAUAAUAUCUGUUCGAUCUUUAUAAGCUUUACCAAACUGUUUUUCUCAAAUGAAAUCUACGUAAGGUUUAAGACUGGGUUACCCGAGACUUCACGUAUCCGAUCCACAAAUAGGCAAGUUCUGUAUAACAGUACUAUUGAAAUAUAUAAAAUUCUGCUGCCUGGUAAGCUCAUAUAAUUUUGGUAUCAUAAGAAUGUGUAUUGUCUGCUGAAAAAGAAAAUAUAAAUUACAUGAUAAAAUAUGAUAUAGAAUUAUUUUUUACUUUACAGUCUCCAAUGAUACUUCAAUAGAAAUCCAGUUAUUACAGUGUAAAAACAGUGUAAAAUUUAUCAUUUCGAAGUCAAAAACAUGACUUUAAUGAUUCUUGCAUAUUAUAUAUGGUCAUCUUAUUUAUCAAUUCUUGUUCAGCAGACACAGCUCUUUCAAAUGAUACCAAACCCCACCCCCCUCCCCCACAAAAAAAACUUGGGGUUACCAGACAUCGAAAUUUUACCUAUUUGUGUAUCGGAUACCUUAAACUAGGCCACUGUGUCAAAUCAUUGAAAAUUCUUGUUAAUACCAUAGAGACCUAAUUUUAUAACUGAUCUUCGUAAAACUUUGUCAAAAUGUUUGCCUCUGUGAAAUCCAAAUCAGUGAAACUAGAUUAUCCAAGGUCAAAAGCUAAGUCACUAGGUCAAAUAACAGAAAACUGCUGUUAACACUCGAGAUGACACAUUUUCUAUCUUAUUUUCGUGACACUUGGUCAGAAUAUGUGUUUGUUUAAAUUUGUAACUGGGUCACUUGGGUAAAAACUAGGUUACUUGGUCAGAUCAUUGAAAUUCGAUAUACCUGAUUUCAAAAAAACGUAGUCAGAAUGUUUGUUUCAGUGGAAAUUAGCCAAGGUAGAAACAAGGUUAUCUAGGGUAAGGACAGAGUCGGGUGAGCGAUACUUUGUUUUCUACAGGGAUACAUGCAAUUCAUUGUUUGCAAUUAUAAUAAAAAAUAAAGCUUUUUAUUGUUUA